UCAGUCUUUUCCUGUUUGAGGUCAAAGUCCAGCAGUCAUCAUGGCCGACGAAUCAGACAUGCGCAAUGAACUUGCAGACCUGCAGACACGCGCUGACCAAGUAGCUGAUGAGUCUCUGGAGAGCACUCGGCGUAUGCUGUCGCUGGUCGAGGAGAGUAAAGAUGCCGGCAUCAGGACUCUGGUCAUGUUGGAUGAGCAGGGAGGUAAGUUAUUGAGAGAAAUCUCCAAACACUGUCUCUCUUCUUUCUAUUGCCUUCAAUCUGCUGCCAACUCCCUCUGGCAGACAUUCAAUAAUGAAAGAGCCUUCAGCGGCGUAACGUCCUGUGUAACGCUGCAGACACGUUUACGGUUCAUAAUGACCUUUAUGGUUUUAUAAUCACUAUAACAGUUUAUUUCUCUGAGCAGAUCUUUAAAAGUCGCUAAGAGCUAAUGUGGAUAAAAUGAUUAUAAUGGAUGUGACUUCUGCUUCGCCUCCCUAUAAAUACCCUGAUAUGCUUAUAGCUUUGUCAGACAGACGCAUAUAUACAGAGCUAAUGCUAUUAUAUUAUAGCUACAGGAUAUGAUACCUAGGGUGGACGACAAGUGCAAAUGCGUUACAUCGGCUCAAGAUAUUUCCAUGAGGAGAAACGCGCUUCAGUUUAAAAAAAGAAUGCAAAUAUAAAAACCCAGAUCUGCCAAAACGUGUGAAUUAUUUUACUCUCCUGUGAUCUGAUCGAGUCUUAAACACAAGGUCAAUGAUGUGAAUUCAAACAAAACAAAAGCACAACACAUCUGGUUAUGUUUAGAUAAUUAAACUACCGCGUCAGGUUGUUCAGUAAAGUAUCAUUUAUCACACAUUUACUGUGUUUGUUACGGUGAUAUUCAAACAAAUCAACGUUGAUCGCUAGAUUAGGAUUAGAAAUAUGUUUACGUCAAUAUCAAAGAGUGAUUUCCCUGGACACAUAAUCAACAAUGCAUUUUUCUUGCUUGACGACGUAAUCAUUAGGAGACCAGGCUGAUCAUAGAUGGACUUUUACUCGGUACAAAAGCACCAUGAUUUAUCUGCUCUCUGAGUCCUGGUGUCAGAGGUCAGAGGUCAGCUGGUGGUCAAUAUAUUUUACUGUUUGACGUCUUCUUCAGUCCUGCCCAAGCUAUAACUUCAUCCACUGUGAUAAUAAAAAGGUGUUUCUCCUAAUGGUUGUGAUGAAUGGGGUCAACGUUGCUUUAAAUUGGAUCAGUUUUGAGAAACAGGACCUCAAAUAGUGUCAGAUAAGAAAAAAAGGAAGACCA